GGAAGAAGUGACGUCAGAGCGUGGGGUGGACCGUCAUGGCGGCCAUUAUGAGGUUCGUCAACAGAAGCACUUUAAGUUCAGCUAUGGGUCAGCAGUACCUGGCGUUCAGCUCCGCGGCAAAGGCUGGCUUAAGUGCAGGUCAAGCUCUCCCAGAGAGGGUGAAAAUCGUGGAGGUGGGACCCAGAGAUGGUCUUCAGAAUGAGAAGACUAUCGUGCCAGCGGAAACAAAAAUUCAUCUGAUUGACUUGUUGUCAGAGUCCGGGCUGUCGGUCAUUGAGGCCACCAGCUUUGUGUCCCCAAAAUGGGUUCCACAGAUGGCAGACCAAGUGGAGGUGAUGAAGGGGAUCUGUAGAAAACCUGGAGUGUCUUAUCCAGUCCUUACCCCCAACCUCAAGGGUUUCCAGGCUGCUGUAAAGGCAGGAGCUGCAGAGGUAGCCAUAUUUGGCGCUGCGUCCGAGCUUUUCAGCAAGAAGAACAUAAACUGCUCCGUGGAUGAGAGUUUACAGCGCUUUGACGAGGUUAUGAAAGCAGCUAAAGAGGCUGGUGUGCCAGUUAGAGGAUAUGUGUCGUGUGUUCUCGGAUGCCCGUAUGAAGGCAAGGUGGCACCUGAAAAAGUUGCACAUGUAGCGAAGCGUCUGUACUCAAUGGGCUGCUAUGAGAUCUCCCUGGGUGACACCAUCGGAGUGGGGACUCCAGGUAGCAUGACUCAGAUGUUAGAGGCGGUGAGCAGAGAGGUUCCAGUCAGUGCCUUGGCAGUGCACUGCCAUGAUACCUAUGGCCAGGCCCUGGCUAACAUCCUUGUAGCCUUACAGAUGGGAAUCAGUGUGGUAGACUCAUCAGUAGCUGGACUGGGCGGCUGUCCUUAUGCCCAGGGGGCUUCUGGGAAUGUUGCUACAGAAGAUGUUGUCUAUAUGUUGCAUGGACUUGGGAUUCAAACAGGAGUGGACCUUUCCAAGCUGAUGACCGCCGGAGCUUUCAUCUGUCGAAGCCUCAACAGAAAGACCAGCUCCAAAGUGGCGCAGGCCACCUGCAAACUGUAAGCAAAAGCCAAACCUUGGGCUUUUUCACGAACCGUACGCUGCAGCGCAACCAUGCAACCUGGACAAGAUCAUCUUCUGUAUGUGCACCUCUCACCAUUUUAAGUUUGUUUUGGUUUGUCAUCUGCCAGUAUGAGAAUAUUAUUUUAAUAUUUGUAUGGUACUGACCCAACUCUCUGUUUGAAAAUAAAAUAUAUGAUUAGAUGUUCACUACAUGAUAGCAAAGCUGGAACAGUGCCUUAUGUAAAGUCAGUUUGCUUACAUCACUUUCUGUGCAGUGGGUAAGCCAAAGUGAAGCACAGACUUUGUUUAUACAGUAAUAAUAAAUCAACCGGUAAAAAUGUCUUCCCAGGUAUGGAUAAACUUGACGUCUGAAAAGACUUUGAUUUCAUCUCUGGAAAUCAUCAUGAAUUUGGGCAUUGUGCUGGUUUGUGAAAAAUUGUGGAUGUGCUCUGUAUUCCACUGAUUUCCUCUUUUUUUUUUCUUUUUUUACAUAUGUAGGACUCCUAAUUUUACUUUAAUAUGUUUAAGUAUUUAUUUUAAAAUGCCUGUACAUAUCCAACUCGAUUGUGAGUUUUAAAAAUAAAAAUAA